AUGAGGACUUCGAUUGAAAAAUCCAAGAACUUUCGUAUUGAUGCGCUUUUGGCGCACGGCCUGGAACAGAGGACUUCUGGCGACAGCCUGUCUCCAGGAGGGUUUUACAACGGGACCCCCGAGGAGACUCCACUUUCUACUGGCAGCUCAGAGUCCCCCUCUCCUCAUCCAAACCUGACCAACCCAUCUCCUGACCCGCCGGCGGUGCAUUCUAACUCCCAGAUAUUCAACCUUUCCCAGCCUGGGUUCGCUGCUCUGCAUCAAAUGGGUCUCAUCGGAAUGCACCCUCGGUCCAUGUACCCUCUGGCGGCCCUCGGGGGCCAACACCCCGCCUUCCUCACUUCCAGCUUCGGGCAGCUGGUCCAGCCGUAUCCGGAGCAAAUGAAAGUGGGAAGCAUCGCCACUCCACUGUCCCUGGACCCGUGGAUCAGAGCAGGAAUGAUGAUUCCUAGACUGGAAUAUGGUGCGCAAGGUCAAGCAGCUCUUCUGGGGAAGUGUCGGAGGCCCAGGACAGCUUUCACUAGUCAGCAGCUCCUGGAACUGGAAAAUCAGUUUAAACUAAGCAAAUAUCUGUCCAGGCCCAAACGUUUUGAAGUGGCCACUUCUCUCAUGCUCACAGAGACUCAGGUGAAGAUCUGGUUCCAGAACAGACGUAUGAAGUGGAAGAGAGGUCGCAAAGCCAAGGACCAAAAAGUUUCUACCUCACUGACUGACGUAGAUAGAAGCAGUAUGGAUAUACACAGUAUCAAACCUCAUGGUGACUCACUCAGCUCUGGCCCGGAGGAUGAAGAAGAGAUAGAGGGAGAGAAUGAGUUUGAAAAAGAGGAAAUAGGGAUGAGGGGAGGCUCCUUGGGCUCGAUGGGCUUCACAAAGGUUGCUGGAGGAGGAUCGCGGAGUUACAGCUCUUACUCAGAAGACGAGAUUGAGGAAAGAGCUCCAGGAAAAAGAACUGGAGUUUUUCCAUAACUGCUUAAGCCUGCUCUUAUUAUACAUUGUUGCGUUUAUCAAUGUCUGAAAAUACAUCACACGGUUCAAUGAGGUUAAAAAAUGUCAUGGCAUACCUCCACCACCUUCAACUCUCUGUUAUUAUUACAUGAAACCACCAAAGUGGCAUCUUUUUUACUCAAAUAUUUAAUAUGAUAAAAUCCACCCAUGCCUUAUGACUUAAAUUUGUUAAAACAUGUAACAGGUUAAAACAAGUAAUGUGUAUGCAUAUGCACUCAGACUGAAUAGAUUUGAUUAAUUUCCAAAGGUAUGCAGCUUGGGAUACAUUUCUUCUUGGUCAAGGUGCUUUAUAUAAAAGAAGAUGUUGAUCUUUCUCACAGCUUUUGGACAUUUUUACACAAUUUCAGAAGUAGAAAAUUAAAUGAAUGGAUAUUUUAAAAAAAAUAAAAAACUACCAUACUCUUGCAUUGAAAUUCUUUUGACAGUGAAAAUGAAUGUUG